AUCUUACCCCCCACCGUCUCAUUUCACCUUCCGUCGGCGGUUUCACUUUUUAUUCAUUCGCUUAAACCUUACGCAGAACAGAGGAAGGAAAAAGAAGAAGAACAAUGGCGAUGGCUUUCAAAAUGGCUACGACGGGGAUGUGGGUGGCGGAUGAGUGUAAGAAGUCGUUUAUGGAGAUGAAAUGGAAGAAAGUUCAUCGAUAUAUUGUGUUUAAGAUCGACGAACGAUCUCGAUUGGUUCAGGUCGAUAAAGUAGGCGGCGCCGGUGAGAGCUAUGAUGAUUUCACCAAAUCUCUACCGGAAGAUGAUUGCCGAUAUGCCGUGUUUGAUUUCGAUUUUGUAACUGUUGAUAAUUGCAGGAAGAGCAAGAUCUUCUUCAUCGCAUGGGCACCGGCGGCAUCUAGAAUAAGAGCAAAAAUACUAUACGCGACAUCAAAAGCAGGAUUGAGAAGGGCGUUGGAUGGGAUUCAUUAUGAAUUGCAGGCAACAGAUCCAACUGAGAUGGGAUUCGAUCUCAUCAAGGACAGAGCCAAAUAGAGAGAGCUAUUAUUAUCUGUUGCCAGCCAUGGAUUUGCAUCUUUUUACAUUCUAUAAAUAACUCAGGAAUCAAUUCAUCAAUCAAUCAAUUCGAUGAUCUGAUCUGAUCUUUGUUUUGUGCCCUGUUUACAAGUUAUAAUCUUGAACUCGAUCUACUAAUCAUCCUCCAAUAAUUUGACAUGA